AUGAGUGGUCUCGCCGAUCCUCCCUCCAGGAAUACCUUCGCCGGGCCCGGUAAAACACGAAAUCUCCCCGUUCUUCCAUCGUCCGCCCAGCACGCUCGACAAAUGGAGCUCACCCCCCCUUCGCCCACCACCGCCGGCGGCCUGGCUGUCCAUAGCAGCCCCGACCCUGACCGGGUCCCCAUCAAUACCAAUGGCGCCGACGCUGGGAACACGAGUAAUCCCUCUAACCCGGCCGUUGGGGCCGCCGCCGCCGCUCAGCAGCCCAAAGUGGUACAAACUGCGUUCAUUCAUAAGCUUUACAAUAUGCUGGAGGAUACCAGCAUCCAGCAUCUUAUCUCAUGGUCAAGUACCAAUGACAGCUUUGUGAUGUCGCCAACGUCUGAAUUCUCCAAAGUUCUAGCGCAAUACUUUAAACACACCAAUAUUUCCUCCUUCGUUCGGCAAUUGAACAUGUAUGGAUUCCACAAAGUGAGCGAUGUGUUUCAUACCGGUUCCCCGGACUCCGCAUUAUGGGAAUUCAAACACGGAAAUGGCAAUUUCAAGAGGGGCGAUCUUGUGGGCCUUCGAGAGAUCAAACGUCGCGCCUCACGCCAUGCCUUGAUCCAUCGCGACUCGUUCACUGGGCACAAAGCUGCGGUAUCGCAACCCGGUACCCCAGCAGAGCCUGUCCCAGAUGCAGGAGAAGCUAGAUUGCUGAAUCUUGAGCAUACCCUCUACGACAUGCAUAACCGCCUGGCUCGCGCCGAGGAAAGCAACUACGCUCUCAACUCAAAAUGUCAAAGCAUGGCCGAGGGAUUGGUGAAAUGCUAUCAUUGGACACACUCUAUUUCUCGCUUUCUGCAGGGGGUUGUACCUGAUAGAGAAAGUGCUCUGUAUCGCGACAUUUCAAAUAUGCAACGAGAAGUCGAGAAGCACUUGGAAGCUGUGCGCGCAAUGGAGGCAUCCCACGAGUCUCUCAUGCCCCCUCGCCAGCCUUUUUUCGGAGGCAUGACUGUUGAAUCCGGUCCGCCUCUGUCUCCUCGCCAGUUACCACAAGACGACAACCGCCGUCAAUCCAUGAUCCGACCACCUGUUCCCCCUCAUCUCGCCGUAUCGCCCCGCCGUUUCGGUUCUACCGGCGGCCCCAAUCCUCCCACUAAUUAUAAUCGAGCACAGCCUCCUCCUGUGGUUGCGCAACAACAACCAACCCCUCAUCCUUUAUCUAUAUCCACCCCGCCGGGGCCCAACCUGGGACGUCGGCAUACCUUCGCGGACAUCCGGCAGCAUGAUUGGCCCCCGGGGAACUCGCCUUUCCCUCCGGGUAAUACCGCCAGUGGCGGAGCUUGGCCUUCGUCCCCGCACCGUCCACCCGCCUCGAGUGACCAGCAAGUGCGGGAUGUUCUCGCUCAGUACGAAAUGGGCGCCCCCCGACGUCUCCAGGAUCAGUCACGACAUGCUACCCCGCCUGCAAAUGCCGAGCCAUCUCCAUCCAUGCUGAGUGCCGACAACGGAUGGGCCAUCGGAGGCUCUAGAUAUCCGCGCCAGGAGUCAUCAUUACCAGCAACUCGUCGCUCAAGCAUGGCUAGUAAUGUUCAUUCGCUUUUGAAUCCCGCUGACACCGCCGAACGGCCGGAUGAGGACCAGCAGAUGAACGAUGAUCGCAAGCGUAAACGAUUGGAGUGA